AUGGCUCCGCCCGCCGCCCCCACCGCGCUGCACCACCGCACGCCCCUCCUCCUCCCCCGUCGCGCCACCGCCACGGCCACCGCGCGCGCCGCCAGGGCCGCUUCGCUCGCCGUCAGGGCGGCCCAACCGGACACCACCGCUGCCUCCGCCUCCACCUCCGCCCCCGAGCCGCCGGCGCUGGAGUUCAAGCCGCCGCCGGGGUUCAAGGUGCCCGAGCCCAAGAGGUUCGAGGUCAAGCCCGGCCAGCAGAACAGCGUCCUCGGCGCCUCGCUCGCCAUCCCCCUCCGCCUCGGCACCGGCGUCUUCGUCCUCGGGUACGCACCGUACCGCGCCUUCUCUCGCCAUCCGCGCGUCUACCUCGCCUACGGGCUACAGCCAGCCUACACCUGCUUACCUGCACGUGUUACUUCAAUUUGCAGAGAUACCAUCAGACCAAUACGCACUGGAAUUUGGCGUUUACACCCCUCCGCCUCGGCACCGGCGUCUUCGUCCUCGGCUUGGAAGGUGAAGGAGGAAUCAAAAAUAGGACAGUGCAAACGACCAGAAAAGCCUAUCGAAAUAUAUGAAUUUGAAGGUUGUCCAUUUUGUCGAAAGGUCAGAGAGAUGGUAUCAGUCUUGGACCUGGAUGUAUUAUUUUACCCCUGUCCUCAAAAAGGCCCAACAUUCCGACCUAAAGUCCUGGAGAUGGGUGGAAAGAAACAGUUUCCUUACAUGGUGGAUCCAAACACAGGGGUCGCCAUGUAUGAAUCGGAUGACAUCAUAAAAUACCUAGCUGACACAUAUGGUGAUGGAACUGUUCCAAUUAUGCUAUCACUUGGUCUGUUAACAACGAUCACAGCAGGGCUUGCUACUCUUGGUCGUUUUGGAAAGGGAAAUUCCUAUACUGCUUCAAAAGUUCCACCUCAGCCAAUAAAGAUAUGGGCAUAUGAGGGAUCCCCCUUCUGUAGAUUAGUACGAGAGACGCUUGUUGAGUUGGAAUUGCCACAUUUGCUACACAGCUGCGCACGUGGCAGCCCUAAACGACAAGAUUUUUUGAAGAAAAAGGGUGUUUUCCAGGCGCCUUACAUUGAAGAUCCGAACACCGGAGUCCAGAUGUUCGAAAGCGCUGAAAUCAUAGACUACCUGAAGGGAACAUAUGCCCUGUACCCAAGCUCAUAG